CAAAUGCCUCGACAAAAUGCAAACUAAACAAGCAACACAGCAACAUUAAUGGCUUCUUCCAGUUCUUCGUUUAAAGGUAUUGGUGAGAUAUUUGAGCAUUCAGCUCCUGUAGUAGGGGAAUUUUUGUUCGUAUGGGGAGGGUCCAAGCCUUGGUAUCAUGGAGUACAUGAAUCUCCUCAAAAGAUAAAGUUGUACUCCACCAUUGAUAGACUGGACUUUAGGACUGGUCGUUGGUCCUCUCACGUGACCAGAGGAACGUCACCUCCUCUAGGACCUAUAGGAUACUUCUGUACUGUCAGAAACAAUGACAUCUUUUAUAUGGGCGGCUACUGUGGACAUGACAACUGCUAUCAUAAUGAUGUCAACUUAUUUAAUACUUUAAAUUAUGAAUGGAAUAAGUUAAUAUCAAGUAGCGAUAUUGUAAUGAAGAGAGGGUUUGGUGGUAUGGUGUGUAUGGAGUCUAUGGGUACAGAAUACCUCCUAGUAAUAGGAGGACAUGGAUCUACACCCACUACAUACCAAUCACAGUAUCAAUAUGAUCAGAUGGUUGCUGGCCAUUUUCGUACUAAUGAACAUAAUUUAUUAAGUUUAUCAACAA